CAUAAGUGGAAUCAUAUGUGUCCUUUUGUGUCUGGUUUAUUACACUUGGCAUCAUGUUCUCAAGGUUCAUCCAUGUAGAUGUGUGGAUCAGAACUCAGCUACUUUUAUGGCUGAAUAGCAUUCCAUUGAGCCCUGCUUUUCUAGUUGCCUUCUGGACAUGUCUACAUGGAUGUCUCAUGUUGUAUGUUUAAAAAGCAAACUCAGUUUACAUUUAUUUAGAAAGGAAAAUAUACGAUAUUAGUCCACAUGUAUAGAGAAAACCUUCCAGAAGGAUGUGUAACAGCGGUUGGCAAAACAAAACUCAUCAUUAGGCCUGUUUCCAACCUCUGUGAUAGGCAAAAAGGUUAACUGAUUAUUUCUGGAUGGUAGGACUGUGGAUGGUUUAUCUGUCUGCUCAUCUGUAUUUUCUGACUUUUCAACAGUGGCUGUGGAUUACCUUAACAACAGCAACAAUAAUGGAACCAUCACAUAGCAUCUCUCAAAAACUCCAUAAAUGGUUACCAAAGCUUCCGCUCCAUGCCCCAGGCUUCCAGGCUUGUCUACAUCUUACAACUGUCACCUGGUUCCAGAUGGCUCAGCAGUGCUUCCAACAUGAAUAUUUUGACAGUUUGCUUCAUACUUGCAAACCGUGUCACCUUCGAUGUUCUAAUACCCCUCCUCUAACAUGUCAGCGUUAUUGUAAUGCAAGUGUGACCAAGUCAGUGAAGGGAACAAAUGCGAUUCUCUGGACCUGUUUGGCAGUGGGCUUGAUACUUUGUUUGGCAUUUUUCGUGUUAAUGUUCUUACUAAAGAAGAUGAGCUCUGAACAACUAAAGGACAAUUUUAAAAACACAGGAUCAGCUCUCCGGGAGGCACAUAAUGCUGAGCUGGCCAAUAGCAUGACUGGUGCUGAAGUUAUUCUUCCGAGAGGCCUGGGGUACACAGUGGAGGAAUGUACCUGUGAAGACUGUGUCAAGAGCAAACCAAAGGCUGAUUCUGACCAGGUCUUCCCACUCCCAGCUAUGGAGGAAGGUGCCACUCUUCUUGUCACCACCAAAACGAAUGACUAUUGUAAUAGCCUGUCAGCUGCUGCAAGUGUCACAGGGAUAUAGAAGUCAAUUUCUACCAGAGAAGGAACCAUUUUGACUGGUGUAGAGCUACGUUGAAAAUCGUUUGUCAAAAGGAAAUAACAAUGCAUUAUAUCUGUAUUUAUUUGUUGCUGAUACAGCUUUUUGUCCCCUCAUUCUGGAAACUUUUUAUGUUAGAUGUAUUUCUCUACUUUAUUGGUGGGAGGUUAACUUGGUUUCAUGGUUAAAUUCUUGACUCACUUAAAAAAAGCCACUGCAAUGUAUAGAUCCAGAGUCACACAUUUUUAUGGCUAGAGCAGUUAUUUCCUGAACAUGCAUAUAUAUAUAUACACACACACACAUACAUUUCAGGAUGGAUUGGAUUUUUCUCUUUAUUGCUAAAGAAAGCAAAGUUGUCCUAUGCACUUGUGUAAAUAGAAACCCAGAAUCAAUCAGCCACACCAGUUCAGUGUACAGUGCAUGGUGGUUCCCAACCCUGUGAGCUUCCAGUUUGGUGCAAGCAUCAGACAUUACUACAGUCAUACAAAUAAAUGUGUAAUUACAAACUGUGGUAAGGUACAGUAGAUAUCAUUUUCAGGCUCUAAUGUAGGUGUGUAAUAAUAAUCACAGCUAACACUUACAUAGCCUUAUUAAUGAGCCAGGAAUUGUUCUAAGUGCUUUACCUAUACUAAUUCAUUUAAUGCACACAACAAACUACAAGGUAGGUGUGCCAUUAUUAUUCCCGUUUUAUAGAUGAUGACAUAUUUGAGGCAGAGCAAGGGAAUAUAGCCAGAAAGUGGGCAGUGCUGGGAUUUAAAUUCAGAUAGAUUAAUCUAUUUUUUUUUUUCUUUUUGCAUCAAUUUAAUUCCGUUUCUGAGAUCCCCAUCUCUUUGAGCUACAAUCUUAGUCACUAUCGGGGGAGGGCUUCCUUUCUUUCUCCUGGGGUCUCAUAGAAAGGCAAUGCAACAGGGGAUACCUCUGGUCACCUGAUGAUUUUGGUCAUUGUUAAGAUGUCCCAUGGCUCUACAGCAUAGAGGGAUUGGGACUCUGUGGCUUUUAUGCCAAGUUGGAAUCUGGGGAAGUUUGAUGAGGCUUUUUUUGCCGAUUUGGGGCCCAUCUUGCCUCCAUUUGGGGCUGCAGGAGACAACAGAGUACAGCAUUUAAGGGACUGGCUCUUGGAGCCAGGCUGCCUGGGUUUGAAUCCUGGCUGUUAUUAGGAAGUUACAGACGUUGGGUGACCAUGGAAAGUUCCUUAACCAUGCCACAGUUUCCCCAACUGUAAAAUGGGAUAAAAAUAGUGUCUACUCAUAAGGUAGUUUUAAGGAUGAAAUGACUUAAUUAUAUAAUUAUAUUAUGUAUAUAAUUAUAUAUUAUAAUUUUGAGGUUUUCUAAGUAUCUGGUUCUUAUUAAGUACUUUGUGGUAGUUGCUCUUUCUGUUAUCAGUCAUUGGUCCUUUUGAGGUCUGGUCUCUGAGGGCAGCACACCCACCUUUCCUGUUAUGUGGCCUCAGAAUAUUGGCUUUAGCUUCUCACAUGUCCUCUUUCUUCCCCUCCGGCCACUAACCCCUAGUACAAUCUCCUCAGUGACUUUAAAUUUUUCAAAAAGCCUAGCAGGGUUGCUGACUUCAGACUUUUGAUUGUUUUGAUUCCAACCCAAAUUUUAGCUUCUUCCAGGCUAAAAUUCUGGGAAGAAGCAAUUACAGUACUUAAAGGAGGUGGCUGAUGGUAGAAAAUGUAGA